GCUAUCGACGCAGACCUCAAGCUCGCCGUCGAAGACGCGAUAGCACUUCUCGCCCACCCCGCAAUCGCACCCCUCCAAUCCUUCCUCUCAUCCGCAUCAUCAAUCCCACGCCCGCCACCAUCAGCCGCCCAAGACGCCGCGCGCGCCUCUCUCGACGCCAUAGCGCGCGACCUCCGAGCAGGCGCUGCACGCUUACGGCUUUAUGUGCCCGAUAGUCGGACGGUGGGCGUGCUGCUGGGCCAUGUGAAGGAUCGGGUUGUCGAGGAGUAUGGUGCCUUUGUGGCGGUUGUUGGGAAGGAGGCUGGUGUGCAGGUUGCGGAGGUUGAUGAUGUGAGGGAGGCGCUUGGGGCGGCUUGUAGUGAGGAUGAGGGGGUGGUGGCGAGUGGGAGUGGGAGUGCGUGA